UAUCUGACUUCCUAGGUAUGGAACGUGGUCUUGUAGACAUCCCAACAAAACCCUGAAACCUACAAGGGCCCAUAUAUAUGUAGAUAUUGCUAUGAUGAGACGAAAGAAAAAACAUGCCUCCUUGUUCUGCAUAUAGGCCACCUCAUGAUAUUGAAGCCUGACAGAUAUGGAGCUCCAAGAAGGCCCGUGCUGGAGAUGGGAGCUUCCCCUGGGACCCGUCACCCCAUCCGCAGCCACGCCGCUGUUCAACCCCUCCAGGAGCAACCAGCUUGCGGACUUUCGUCUUCCAACCAUUUCCAUUCCCACUAUUCACUGUUAGCCUUACAAAUCGGCAGCUCCAUUACUCGAGUUUCCCAGUCAAUCUUUUUUUCAUAAACCAUCUCGAGUUAUCGCAGGAGCUGCAUCGACAACCAGCGUCGCGACGAACACCUGCUGCCGUCAUUGCUCCACCAGCACUUUCAUUGACUGACACCCAUCGCUACGAUACCCCGCCUACCUAAGCUCCCAGAGAGCCCAACCGAGAUCGCGAUGCCGGACUUCAAGCUCUCGGCCCAACUGAAGGGGCACGAAGCUGAUGUUCGUGCCGUUGCGUUCCCUUCCGCGAAUCUCGUUGUCUCGACCUCCCGCGAUAGAACCGUCCGUCUCUGGCGCAAGACUGCCCCGCAACCCCCGACAUAUGAUGGAACUAUCGCCAGCCAGGGACAUGGCUAUAUCAACUCGGUUGCUUUCUUGCCGCCAUCUUCGGAGUGGCCCGAGGGCCUAGUCAUUUCCGCCGGGUACGAGGCCAUCAUCGAAGUCAAGCGCCCAAGCCUAACUUCAACCGACAAUGCCGAUCGCCUUCUCGUAGGCCAUGGCCACAACGUCUGCACCCUUGAUGUUUCUCCGGCCGGGAAAUAUCUGGUGUCCGGAGGGUGGGAUGGCAAAGCCAUCAUUUGGAGAACGGACAAGUGGGAGCAGGCUGCCCAGCUUGCCCAUGAUGGUGAAGUGAAGACCAUCUGGACGGUCUUGGCAUUCGAUGAGAACACGGUCAUUACUGGCAGUGCCGAUGCCCACAUCCGCAUCUAUGACAUUCGAAAGGUCAACAAUAACAACGAAGUAGAACCAAGACGCACUCUCACAACCAAUUCCGUUGUGCGCGCCUUGUGCAAACUUCCAACUGGUCUGAAGAAGCACCCAAGUGGGGCCGACUUCGCCAGCGCCGACAAUGACGGCAUCAUCAGGCUGUGGAAGUUAGACGGUACAGAGGUCGGAGAACUGCGUGGCCACGACAGCUUCAUCUACUCCCUCGCUUGUCUUCCCAACGGCGAGAUCGUCAGUGGUGGUGAGGACCGAACAGUCCGGGUAUGGAAGGGGUCAGAGUGUGUCCAAACAAUCACGCACCCUGCGAUCUCAGUAUGGACGGUAGCCGUGUGCCCUGAGAAUGGAGACAUUGUGUCAGGUGCCAGUGACCAUACCGUCCGAGUUUUUACCCGUAACCCGGACCGGGCGGCGGAUGCUGAGGCUUUGGUCCAGUUCGAGGAGGCUGUUCGUACAUCGGCGAUACCACAACAGCAGCUUGGGCCUUCGAUCAAUAAGGAACAGCUGGAUCCCCACACUUGGCUCCAAACCAACGUGGGCCAGAAAGAUGGGCAAGUGAAGACGGUUUUGGAGGAGAAUGGCACAAUCGGUGCCUACCAGUGGUCACGAGGUGAGCAGCGAUGGAUCCAUGUCGGCACAGUCGUCGACUCGACUGGCAGCACCGGCCGCAAGGUUCCAUAUAACGGCCAAGAAUACGACUAUGUUUUCGACGUUGAUAUCAAGGAGGGGGCACCGCCACUCAAGCUCCCUUACAACCUUUCUCAAAACCCUUACGAGGCAGCAACCAAGUUCUUGGGUGACAACGAGCUGCCAAUAUCAUAUCUCGACCAAGUGGCCCAAUUUAUCACUUCGAAUACCCAAGGUGCGACGAUUGGCCAAUCCUCAGGGUUGGCUGAUCCGUAUGGGACAGAAGCCCAGUCCGCAGCUGAUCAAUCAUCACAACCGUCGACCAAGUUUUUGCCGCAUACAGACUACCUCGCCCUUACGGUAGCCAAGUCUGAGCCUGUGUUGAAGAAGCUCAAAAGCCUUAAUGAGAAGCAUAUCCUUGCUGGCAAUAAGCACAUUUCCAUGAACCCGAGUGGCCUCAACGUUGUCGAGCAUGCUCUCCAAGCUACCAUGGGAGUGCAAGCUGCGAGUCAGAAGGGGAAGUUACCCCCAGCGCUCAACGACGCGACCCAGAGCGUUUUGAGCAUCGCCACACAGUGGCCGUACAGUGAUCGACUUCCUGCUCUCGACGCACUUCGGUGCUUGGUCACCUGGCCGGGUGUCGCCACUGUGACCGAUCCCAGAGGCGGCGAUAUCGCUAACACUGCGCUCAGAAGCGCGCUCGAUGUUCAGUCCCCAAUUCAAACCGACACCCCUUUAACCGAGUUAGCUCACGGGGUUGAUGUGUCUACCGUCAACCCCAACAAUGUCAUGAUGGCACUCCGGACCAUUACCAACCUGUUCACUACACUCGAGGGGAGACAGCUGGUCACAUCGGACGCUACCAACAUCACGACCGUUCUCGGCAGAAUUGCUGGUCUCGGAGAAGGCCUAAGUCCCAUUGGGGCAGAGAACAACAACGUCCAAAUCGCCUUGACGUCCGCAAUUUUCAACUUUGCUUGCUUGGGCUUCAACGAACGCGGCACGGUCAACUUCACCGUCAUCUCCAACAUCUGUGAGAUUGCUGCGGCUGUUAUCAGCAGACAGAGGGAUGCUGAGGUCCUCUUCCGCGCAGUCAUGACGCUUGGCAUGGUUCUUUCCACCGGUGGCCAGGCCCAGCAGGUAGCCAAGGCCCUCGAGGUUGGGGAGGCGAUUGGUGAAGCGGCCAAGAAGUCGGGAGAGGAGAGGAUCAAGUCGUUGGCAAAGGAGUGCUAUGGUUAUCUGAGGCAAUAAGUGUGACACGUGGUGAAUGAAGUGUGAGGGAAUAUUGUAUAUAUGAGGUUACCCAGCUACCUCUAAUGCUUUGCUAGUACAGCAGAUGUCCGACGCGGAGGGCGAAAAGGGAAGGGAUGGAGGAAAGAGUUACAGUACUUAGGGACAGAGAUUAGAGCCUUUGAUGUUACAGACAUGGGUUAGUAGGAGGCAACGAGAUGUUAUCCCACUUAGUUUCAGUAUAGUGACAGUCUACUCUUGUCUCACGUAGUCGCUAUCAAGUUCAGUCGCCUUUCUCGCUCACC